AUGCAACAACAAGCAAUUGUAAUUUGUCUGUAAAUUGACUGCAACCAAUUACUGAGAUUUCAGUCAGAAAAGUAAAUCACAGAAAGCAAUAAAAAGUCAUGGAGGCUGAGAAAGUAACUGAGGUGGAGUUGGAGGACAUCACUCCAGCAGAAAAGACAGAGGAUGAAGAUGCAGAAAAUAGCAACUUGCAAGAGACUACAGGCGAUGUUUACCAGACACUGGACAAUCCAAAGGACGAAAUCUACAGCAAAAUUGCAACAUCUGCUUGUACCACAAAAGAUAUUAAGAGAAAAGCCCGAUUGUACUGGAGGACUUCCAUCGUUCUCCUCGUCCUCUGUCUGCUCCUACUGGCUGUGGUUUUAGCGCUGGCCAUAAAAUUGCUUGAAGCUGGCUCUGUUCAGUCAUGUCCAGACAGAGUUGAAAUAGGAGACAAAUCAGACAAUUCGCAGGCCUGUAGUCCCCAGUUAUGCCAGGACAUGUAUCCAGCACUGGUUAUCCAAAACCAAGGGUAUCAGUGCUCUGAGUGUGGAAAGAAUUGGCUGAAGUUUGAGAACUCCUGCUACUUUAUGUCUGUAAAGCGUCUGAGCUGGCAGAAGAGCAGAGAAGAGUGUCAGCAGUGGGGUGGAGACCUGGCUGUCAUUAACAACGAGCUUGUGCAGAAAUUUUUGACCUCCAGUGGGUACAUGCUGUACUGGAUUGGUCUCAGUUUUUCAGAAACACAGAAGUGGAUGUGGAUUGACAAUACCACCGUCACCCAAAGUUACUGGGCAUCUGACAAUCAAUUAAACAACAACCAAGGCCAGUGUGUACUGCUGAAAGGAAGGGUGGAACACAAGAGAAACUGGUAUUUAAAUCCAUGCCUGGUCACCUCGCAUUACAUCUGCCAAAGACAGUUAAAGUAAAGAUGUAUUAUCCUAUAAGCAUUCCAUACUGUAUAUCAUACCAUAUCUGUCACAUUUGUUUUUAAUCAUUUCAAAUCUAUCAUUUAUAAAUACAGUUCAGACGUAGAAACACACAGAAUCAAUACAAGAAACAUGUUUUGUGAUUAAGUAGACAAUCAAGUUGACAUGCUGUGUAUCUUUACAUAAUUAUUUAGAUGUAAAGUUUAUAUGAAAUGUGUGCUACAUGUAUUCAUUAAAAGUGACUCUGUGCUUAUUGUACUGGUAAAAGAUAUUUAACUAAAAUACUAUGUUGAAUUUCCUCAUUUUAAAAAGAAAUUCAUGAAUAAAUUGCACUAACAUGUAUUUAAUAAAAUGCAUUAAAAUAUAGUUGCCUAUGUAGCUGCCUUAAAUAAUAAAAUAAAUGCCCUUUUAACAUUAAAAUAAAAUAUCUAC